AUGAUCGAGCCCACCGCUGACAACCCUCAAGCUGAGGACACCCGCACUGACGACGACGCAUCCUCAGUCGGCGAUGCGUCUACACAGGACUCAUUGGCGUCUCUGAGAUCAAGCAUCUUAGACUAUCGAAGAGAGAAUGGCCGCACGUAUCACCGGCUUAGUGACGGUACGGUGCGUGAAGCGAGAGCAAGAUCGCUUGGCACUGACACGGGAUGGCUACAUGAAGAUAUUACCCACCAUCUUUGGACCCUGACAUGGGACGGCGAGCUAUGCAACUGUCCCAAGAAAGACGGUGCCAAAAGGGUCUUGGAUGUUGGCACUGGAACGGGAAUUUGGGCCCUUGACUUUGCGGACGACCAUCCAGAAGCAUCGGUCAUUGGUGUUGAUCUCAGCCCUAUUCAACCUGGCUACGUGCCGCCCAACUGUAGUUUCGAAGUCGACGACGUUGAGAAAGAAUGGACUUGGACGGCGCCGUUUGACUUCAUCUUCAUCCGGGCCAUGAUCGCCAGUUUUAAAAGCUGGCCAGGCAUGAUUACAAAGGCCUACGACAAUCUCGAACCAGGCGGUUAUCUCGAGAUACACGACAAUGACUUUCCAUUGAAGUGCGAUGACGGCACCAUGACGGAGGAAUGCAAAACCCUCAAGUGGACGAACCUACUGAUUGAGGGAACUGAUCUGAUGGGCCGACCAAUUACUGUUGCUAGGGACUUCAAGAAGAUGCUCGAAGACGCUGGAUUCGUCGAUGUCGUCGAGAAGAAGGAGAAGUGGCCUUACACGCCCUGGCCAAAGGAUCCAAAGUACAAAGAGUUGGGCGAAUGGGAUAAGGAGUCGGCAAUGCAGGGAAUCGAGGCCAUCACCAUGGCUCUGUUUACCCGUGUGCUUGAUUGGAGUGUCCCAGAGACGACAGUCUUCUGUGCUGAGGUUCGAAAUGAGCUUAAGAGGGUGGACAUUCACGCCUAUUACGACGUUUACUCUGUCUAUGGCCGGAAGCCGGAGAAAGAAGCCUCGCAAGCCCCUGACAACAACACGGAAUAA